CCUUCCCACCCUUGCCAUUCUGUGAUUCUUGGAAACUACCAGGAGAAACAAGACUGUUUAAUACCUGAAGAUGAUUUAAAAACAAAUGCUAGUGGUAAAGUCACUUAAGUAUGUGACAAGGAAAUUCACCCUCAGGCUCUAAGUAGAUAAACAAGCUUCACUGCUCCAAGUCCAGAGCAUCUGGCUGGUUCCUUUAUCCUUUUUUUUCCCUUUCAGUCUUCAGGUGACUGUCUCAGUCUCACACCCCAUGCCAAGCAACACAUUUAUCUCCCUGUCGUGCUAUUCCUAUAGCUGGUACUGAGUUUAUCUUACCCGCUGGGCUGGAGCGACAUUUCCCUGUGAGAGUUCCCCAGUGUGCUCAGGGCUGGGUUGUCUGGAAGACGAAGCUGCUCAGUCUCUUGCUUCAGGAAGCGUGUGGGGGGGGAUGUAUGUGAUGUUUAUAGCUGAAUGCUUUAUUCUUUAGGGGCUCUUAACAUAUGAUUAAAAAGCACACGAGAUUAAGCUCAGUCUUAGGGCUGUUCCUACUGCUCUUGUGCUUAUUCCAAAUGCAGCCUGAGUUUGGCAUAAAUGGGAGCAAUACAAGCCAUCCAGUGCUGCAAGCUGUGCCAAAAAUACUCUGUCCUUAAAUUUAACUCUGCGUUCCCGUUCAUUGGUAUGUUCUAGGCAGCUUAAGCAAGCAGGGAGCAAGGAACUGGCUAGUACGGUUGCGAGAGUUGGCAAAGAUGUCUAGAGGCUGGCUUUAUUCAAAACUUUGCCUCCUGCUUAUGUAGCCUCCAGGCGCACCCACAGCAGCUGAUGAGCAGCCUAAACGAUGGCAUAUGUGAGCUUUCACGGUGGUAGCUUCAGUAAAUGCUUGCUUUUCAAUGCAUUUCCUCUCGGCAGCUCUGCUGGAGGUGAGCAGCUCGUCUCGGUCUCUCUGACGAGGUCUCUGCCCCCGUUCACAGAUGGCUGAACUGAUGAACCAGCUGGCAGGCUACUGUAAACAGCGCAGCACCCUCACGGGGGCGCGGCGGCAGCGGCUCAGCGGGCAGGCUGGGCCUCCUCCCCCUUUGCUCCACCCCCAACCUGUCGCAACCCCACAAGCCGUCCCCCAGGCCGCCUGCUGGGCAGGGAGCCGGAUGCAGAACCGUUGGGCAAUUUGGCUGACACACUCUGCUUCCUUGCACCACCGGCAGCCGUGGCUAACGAGACAGAAGCGGAUGACGCCUUUCUGGAGAGGAGUCUCACUGAGACCCAUUGGAGCUUCGUGCAGGGAUAACAGUGAAUGCAUUACAAUGCUGUGCAGGAAGAACCGCUGUUUCCUCAGAACAGCCUCCGAGUGACCCGUCAUGCUGAAGAACACCCCUCGCUGUUACUGC